AUGUCCCGUAUUUGGAUUGUACUCUUUCUUGGAGUGGUCUUGGCCCUGUGGCAAAUGUCAGAGGCGCGGGGAGGAGGCGGUGGAGGAGGAGGACACGGCGGAGGCGGCCAUGCUGGAGGUUUUGGCGGUGGAGGUCGUGGAGGAGGAUUUGGAGGCAGAGGAGGUGGAUUUGGUGGCAGAGGAGGUGGAUUUGGCAGAGGUCCUGGUUUUGGCGGAGGCUUUGGAGGCGGUGGUUUCCGAGGAGGACCUCCACCCGGUGGCUUCAGAGGCCCACGACCGUAUGGCGGCUACCGAUAUGGCGGAUAUGGAGGAUUCGUUGGAGGCUAUGCCGGCUACGCUGGAGUGUAUCCUGUUUCCGUGCCCUACCCCUACCCAGCGGGUUACAGCCGGUGCUAUAGUUACUACUACAACUCCUACUACUACUGUUAA